UACCAGAAACACCUUGCCAGAAUUAUGUCCGUUAUAUCUGCCUGCAAGCAAAAACAGUUUCCUUUUCUUAUUAGAAAACAACUUGUAGCUUGAUCGGGUUCGUUCAAAGACCAAACGUAUAAAAAUAUAGUUGUAAAUCCAUAGUGUUUUGAUGAAUGAAAUCGUAUUCUCGGGUGACCUUGAUCGUGUGAAUAUUGAAGUGAACGUGUAGAAACCAUGGAAACCCUCUGUUGUACCAUCCGAUGUAAACAAUUCGAUUUAUGAAUGAAAAGUGUCCCGUUUCCGUGGAAAAUGUACCAUUGAGUGUUCUUCGGAUGUUAAAUCGAUAAAAAAUUUCACUGUAGGAAGAUCUACAGCUUGUCAGUGAUACUUUUGAGUAAAAAAAUCAUUUGAUCAGAAAUGACGCUCUACUUCGACAGUAAAGUUCAAUUUUUGGACAGCGAAGCCAUCAGUACCGUUAGCUGCUGGCAUCCUAUAGAACCGCUUUUUGCCGUCGCUUCGUAUAGCAACGAAAGGGGAGGAUCGGUGACGAUUUUCGAUGACACGGGUGUCCCUUUGAGAAAUGUCACAUAUCCGGUACACUCGACGUCCCAGGCCACCGUUUUGACGUGGCAUCCGGAGAAAAAAAUCCUUCUGAGUGGAUGGGAGAACGGGGAAAUCCAUGCCUGGUUCGAAGGCAAGCGGGACUUUACGACCAUCAAUGGGCCGCACAAAUCACCGAUCAUGCUGCUCGAGUUUAGUGAAAAAGGAGGUCGGGUCAUAACGGCCGAUGCCAUGGGAGUGCUGACCGGGUGGCGGUACGAUGGCCAUGGACAGUUUUUGACUAUGUUCAAUCAUGACCUUAGAGAUCCUCUGUUACACAUUACCUUCCGCAAAUCGAUCGAGAGUGCCAGCAACCGGGAGCUGACCAGUUUGGCUAAAGCCGCCGUGGCCGGAGAUGAAGCAGCUCUGGACACGUUGACAACGUGGAGGCCACGCACGGCAGUCAGAAACCUGGGUCAGACUUCGCUGCAGGAUAACUAUUGUUUCUACGCAUGCACUCAGGCUGGGAUACUGUACUUUAUCAAUCAAACUGGAACGUGUACCGAGAUCGUUCGCGGAGACAGCAUUCCGAUAGUUCAGAUGUUGUGGCACCCUAAGCAAGACUCGAUCGUGCUUCUGCUGGAGGACAUCACCAUAGGGCACUACGAGGUGGACAGCAGCGGCCAGAUCAGUGAAUUGGAUCGGGUGAAACUGUCUGGAUCGGUCAAAGCGUCCGGUUACAAAAGCUCGAUCACCUGGGUAGCCGGCGUUGGGGCAGCCCUUGCUAUCCUAACGGGAGACCUAUCGGUUCGUAUUUGGGAUAUCGAAAGCAACGACAACUACGUGCUUUCCAUGGAGCUUACCAGUGGAGUGGGAUCCGUGUUAAAUGACACAGGUGCUGCGGCAAUAGGGAUGAAUCGUAAUCCAGCGGUAGAAGUUUUCACCUGCGUGGCGUACUCGAAGGAAAAUCAAACUUUGAGUGCAGGGACAAAUCAGGGCAAUCUGUACACGUGGCGCAAGUUGAACGUCAUUCGAUCGUACGAUUAUCCAGAGAAGCAAUGGCAACUUACGAAUGUAACACCGGUCCGAGGAACCAUUAAAAGUUUGACCUGGGGUAUUACCGAUGCCAAUCGACCAUGCAUGAUGGUAAAUUGUCUGUCGAAUGUGUACAUUUUGAAGGAACAAGCGUUGUUAUCAGGUCACACGCGAAACCUGUGGGCUACUCAGAAAAAAUCCAACGAACUGGAGUUGGUCCAACAAAGCACAUCGGUGGCCAGUGGACAAAGUCCAAGGUUCAGAACUGCGACCGUAAGAAGUGACAAUUCCAUUAUCAAUCUGGCGUUGAAUGAGAUCAGUUUGGUGCUUACCAAUGGCCGAACCGUGUCGAUUUAUCGAGUAGGGAAUGCAGGCGGGGGAUCAUCGAUGAUUUCCUCGGCAGCAUCCGUGUCAGAUUACGAUGGAGAAUCGUUGAUGCUAACUCCUGCUGGAUCAUUUUUGGUGGACUGUGUCGCCAUUUAUCUUUACGAGCAAAAUGUCGUAGCUCUGGGCUCGGACCAGGUCAAAAUCUACUCACUCAGCGGAGUCAUCUAUCAGGAGAUCUUUUUCAGCGAUAACGAGGGCAAACCAAUUGGUGCGGAUCUGCUAAACCACUUUUUGACGGUGUUUACCAUCAAUGGGUACGUCAAGUUGUUCGACAUUUCGCGGCACGAGUUGAAACUGAUUCAACCGCCCAAGAGUGCGUACGAUCUGUUUGAAAAGUUCGGCGAGAUCAUUAUGGCCAAGAGCAAUGCCAAUGGAACGUAUUUGGCCUUUACAAUUGCCAAUGAGCAGCUACUGCCCGAUGGUAAACUGUACCUGUGGAAUCUGGAGAGUAACAGCGUGAAACAUUUUGAGUUUCUUCGCAAGGACGGCGUUGAAGGAACUCAGCAGGUGACACAAUAUCUGCCAAUCACGUUUUAUUGGGACAGUGAUGACCCGCGAAUGUUGGCAUGCGAGACCAAAACCAUCCCGGGUGGGAAAAAUAAAGGAUCUCAUAUUUCUGAAUCCCAGAUUCAGCUUUUAUUCAUUGAUCAACAGUCGCAGAUGAAGGAAUUGGAAACGAUCGAUCUGGGAAGCGGGGACCAACUGAUUAACCUGUGCAUUCCACAUGUUGUUAUUUUAAGGCUGAAUCAGAUAGAACGGAUCCCUCUUAGGGAUUUCAAAGGCUUGGAAGAUUGUGAUGUGGCUACCCGAAAUAUGGUACUGAAUUUUAGUUUGAACGUAGCCCAGGAGAAUAUGGACCAGGCAUUCAGUUGUAUACGGUCGUUGAAAUCCGAUACCGUUUGGAGGAAUCUGGCGAAGCUGUGCGUUAACACCGGGAGGUUGGAUGUUGCCAAGGUUUGUUUGGGACAUUUGCAGCAGGCGAGAUCGGUUCGUGCGUUGAGAAAAGCAAUGGAAGAUCAAACGCUGGAACAUGAAUCUAGGGUUGCGAUUCUGGCGAUCGAAUUAAAUAUGAUUCCUGAAGCCGAAGCUUUGUACAAGAAGGUCGGCCGGUAUGAUCUGUUGAACAAACUCUACCAGGCAGCUGGGCGUUUUGACGAAGCCUUAGAAAUCGCUGAACAUUUAGACAGGGUGCAUCUUAAAAACACCUAUUACAAAUACGCCGAGUGGCUGAAGGAAAAUGGCAAAACUCAGAAAGCCAUCCAGUAUUACGAGAAAACUAACAAUCUAAUUCACAACGUAAGCCAGUUGCUCAUGGAUGAUCCUUCCGCUCUCAAAAAGUACAUGCAGAAUACGAAAGACCCUGGCCUGCUUAAGUGGUGGGCACAGUACAUUGAGAGUAGCGGCGAUAUGGAGGGAGCUUUCAAAAUCUACCAGAAAUCUGAGGAUUGGUUCUCUCAGGUGCGAAUCCUAUGCUUCAUCGGACAAGUUGGUAAAGCUGACGAAAUUGCUAGGACCAGUGGCGAUCGUGCCGCUUGUUAUCAUUUGGCAAGGUACUACGAAAACAGUGGCAAGGUUGCCGAAGCUAUACAGUUCUACACCAGAGCUCAAACUUAUGGAAACGCCGUUCGCAUUUGUAAGGAAAAUGAUCUUCAGGACGAUCUCUGGACAGUGGCUUGCACCGCCAGACCACGUGAUAAAGCUUCGGCAGCUGCUUAUUUCGAAGAAAAUGGUGAUUACCGUCGCGCUGUUGAACUGUACCAUCGAGCAGGAAUGCUUCACAAAGCCGUCGAAAUGGCCUUCAAAUCUCAACAACCCGAAUCGCUCCAAGUAAUCGCAUCGGAACUGGAUGGUAAUUCCGAUCCAGAACUCGUCAACCGUUGCGCAGACUUUUUCAUCGGAGUAGAACAACACUACAAAGCUGUUCAACUGCUGGCCAGCGCUCGACAACUGCAACGAGCUCUAACGGUUGCUGCCGACCAUUCCGUUCCGCUAACCGAAACUCUUUCCGAAAUCCUUACACCGACGAAGGAUGAAAUUCCUGACGAAGAUCGACUAAAAAUCUUAAUAAAACUUGGCGAAAUCCUCCAGGAACAAGGUGACUACCAUUCGGCCACCAAAAAAUUCACCCAAGCUGGCGACAAAAUACGGGCCAUGAAGAGCCUCCUCAAAUCUGGUGACACCGAUAAAAUCAUCUUCUUUGCCGGAAUGUCUCGUCAGAAAGAGGUGUACGUGAUGGCCGCUAACUACCUUCAAGCCCUCAACUGGCAGAGCGACUCGAAAAUCCUCAAAAACAUUGUCACAUUCUACACCAAAGGUCAGGCCUACAAUCAGCUGGCUAACUUCUAUGCCAACUGUGCCCAGGCCGAAAUCGACGAGUUCCGAGAUUACGACAAAGCCCUGAAAGCACUGCAAGAAGCUUCGAAGUGCCUUUCCCGAGCCACGCCUCCUUCACAGAAAAUCAACGACACCUUACAGCAGGCCAUGAUGGAAGUUCGCAAGGUCAUCGAACUUCAGGACGCGAUCGAAAGACGAGAAUACCUGGCGGCAAUUAAAAUUCUCAAAGUCAAACUAGAAGAAUCGGUUGCGCCACCGAUCCGUGUCUGGGACCUGCUGGCGAUGCUGAUCGAAUGCCUGGUUUCUACCAGUCAGUAUUCGGAGGCUCUGUUCUAUUUGAAACAGUUGGUGCAGAAAAAGUCCGACUGGUAUCAACAGGAGCUGAUCGAAAAGGCACUGCUCGAUAAGCUGGUCAUCGAGACGGGAAUCAAUUUGGAGCCGUACGUAACGCAAGGGCGGGUGCAGCGGCCGCUCACCUCGUCCACAGUCACCAUGGACAGUGAAGAAGAGGAAAUCCAGGAGGAGUUUGACCAUUGAAAGUUUAGGAUAAGUCCUGUGAGCGUGUUGUGUUCAUCGCACUUUCUGCACUUUAUCUGUUGAAUUAAAAAUACUAGCAAUAGAAUUGUUAGGUUGGCACAACAAAUAAAAAAUUUUACUAGUUCUUAAUCUUAUCACAUUCAAGACUAAAUUUUAAAAAUCCCCUUCUCAUGAAAAGUGAUAGUGAUUGCAAAAAAUUGCUAUUUUCAUAAACAGACGCAACUCGCUGUUGCAGAUUUUCACGAGCAUCUGCCUAUUUUGUAUGAAUCUCCAGAAGUCUUCCUCAUAACUAGCAAUCUCAAUUUGCUACAUUUUUUUUCAACCAGCGGAAGUCUCAAUCUGUGGUCAUCAUUUGUCAAUAGAAAUCUCAAACCGCCCAUUUUUAAUUUGUAGAGGUCUCAAUUUGAUGGUGCACUUUUUCAUAAGCAGAAUUUUUAAGCUAAAUCGAAAAAGAUAACUCUAUUCGGUUUCUUUUUUAACAGCAGUGGAAGUCUCAAUCGGCUUCAAUAAUUUUUUUUACAAAGUAGAAGGUCCUCUUUUGAGGAAAGAUCUCGGAAAAAGUUCUGGUAAACGGAAGUCUACAUCCUCUGUUUUUUCAUAGUAAAAAAUCUUUACCUGGCUUUAUUUAACGUGAAAAAGGUGAUAUUAUUACAACAUUAAAUGUUGUUUUUUAAAGCUUG